UUCACCGUUGAUGCAGGAUUGAAUAUUUACAUCAUAUGCAAUGAAAUGAUGCGUUAUGCACCACAGUAAAGUCAAUGGCUAUGAGUAUUAUAAUAAAAUGCCCACACAAUUCACUGUACAUAAUCGUAACACUGUGAAGGGACCUAGCACAGACGUUGCUCCUUUGGAACAUCUUUUCGUAACUAAAUUUUCCAGGCUAACAAUUGAUGAUGAAUAUAAAUAUAAUUUAGCUUAUUUGGUUACUGAAAACGAUGGAACAGCUCCAGCUGAAAAGCAUCGAUCAGCCGUGCAAAAUCCAAAACCCUUCGACCGCAUCCACGUGAACUCCAUACACCGAAAAUCUGAACCAGUUAUUCCUAUAAACAGUGGAGCAUUUUACCGAUCAGCUAGCGGUACAAGGCAGAAACCAUUGCGUAGCAAAGUCUCAUUUCGUCGCAGCUCUCCUGUCUACGUCAGUAGUCCCGAAUCAUAUGAGCACAUGUCAUCAGACUUUGAUGAUCAAGGAGACUACGACUACAGUCCAUUCUCAAAACGUUUCACAAAAGUAAAUGAUAGCAUUGAACUUAACCAAGGUCGUUAUUUUCAACAGAAGAAACCUCUUAUACCAGUUAAUAAUUCCGUAGAUACUCCAUCCGCCAAGUUAGAUUGCUCUUCCCCGAUAUGCACUUCAAAUCCAAAAAUUAAUACUCCCUUAUGUAAAGUAGAGGAAAGUUUGAAACAUGCAAAGCCGAAACUACGCCCAAAUAACAUCAUGCUGCGUCGCGAUAUUUCUCAAACACUUGACAAGCAGCUUCGACAUGCAAACGAAAGUCGUCUGGAAUCUAUGAAAAUAAAAGUUAAUGCUCCAGAUCCAUUGAUGAGAGAUAACUUUUGUUCUCAUGAUGUUGCAUCUAGAGUGCAAGCCUUCAAGGCGCUUAUGAAAUCAGAGGAAUUAGAAAGCACUGAUCAAAACAGUGAAACGAAGGUAAUCGAGAAAGUCGCAAAUGAACGAAAGAUAUCCGAUGUAUCAUAUCAAGGAAAUCAUGUUGGUUUUCGUCGAUCGAAAACAUUUUCUGGUGAACAAAUGUCAAGGCGAUAUCAACAAUAUAUGGAUUUAUGCUUUGAUUGUGGUAAACGUAUUUAUCCUGUUGAUCGUAUAUCUACCGGUGAACGAGUUUAUCAUAAGGCAUGCUUUCGUUGUGCAACAUGUCAAAGAACAUUACUGUAA